AUGCCCAGCGUGGCGUGUUCGGACAAUAAAGUGGCCAUGAAUUCCAGACGACACCUGUCAGGACUCAUCGGGUGUCCUGUGGCAGCUAUGAUGCUAAGGAACCCAUCUGUCAUUUCUCUUUCACGCAGAAAUCUUCAUACCGCUCUGUUCUUUCCUGGCCAUGGGGUUCAACGACUAGGCAUGGCAACGCCUUGGAUGGACCGAUUUCCCAGAACCACGACCCAUUUCUUGGACGAGAUGAAUUCAAUACUAGGAUUCAACCUCUCUAGUAUCAUAUCCGAUGGCCCCAACUCCAGAUUAAACCGGACUGAAAAUGCACAGCCCGCCAUUAUGGCUAUCUCUGUUCUCAUCCUCCGUAUACUUGAAACUGAGUAUGGAUUUGAUACCAAGUCUCGGGUUGAUGUCACCCUCGGUCAUAGUCUAGGGGAAUUCUCCGCACUGGUCGCUGCGGGUUAUGUUAAAUUUGCAGAUGCACUUAGGUUAGUUCAUCGUCGAGCUGAAGUUAUGGCGCGCUGUACACGACAGAUGGCAGAGCAAUCAGGCGAAAAUUUCGGCAUGGUGGCCCUUAUUUGCGAACCGGACCAUCUGGAUGGUCUGCUAAGGACCGUCUAUGAAUUUCUUGGCCUGGGAGCCACACGCCUGGAUGACACGAGCCAAAUCACGCCACCAAUUCAACAGGUUAUGGUGGCCAAUAUCAACUCCCCCAACCAGAUAGUUCUUAGCGGAAGCAUCGAACGGAUUAGGGCUCUUCUUGUCCAGCUACGUCAAUUUGGAGGGCAUGACCCGCGUGCAGUGAGACUGAAGAGCGACAGCCCAUUUCAUAGCCCGGUGAUGUCGCCGGCUGCCGAGUAUAUGGGAGCCGCCAUGGACGAAAUUGAUCUUACGUUUCCAACUACGCUACCUUGCAUAUCCAACAUCACUGCGAUGCCUUUUCGUUCGAGGCAGGACCUUAAGCAACUGCUUUCCCGACAAUGCACCGACACGGUGAGAUGGUGGGAUAGCGUUCGCUAUCUUCACCAAGAACGAGGGGUGAGGCGCUGGAUUGGAAUUGGACCUGGAAAAGUCGGCCGGAAUCUCGUCGGAAAAGAGGUCGGCAGAGUGAACACCAAAGGAGGAGGUGUAUGGGCGGUCUCUAGCCCCCGAGAAAUGGAGGUCAUGGUGGCAUCCUUGGAACAAACCGAAUAA